AUGCGUCAAAAACCUUUAUUGAAUUUGGAUACGAGUGAUGGGUUCUCUGAAGAACGAAUCAGUCAACCGGAAAAGCGAAGACAAGAAGAAAUUCUUGAAAUUACUGAUUUAGUUUUUUCUCCAAAUGAGAAGCAAUCGGAUCCGAUUGCCGACAAGCGAAACCGUUUAGAAAACAAUACUAUCCGUUCAUUAGAAGACAUAGAUGACGAGCAACUUGAGGAUCUUGUAACAAAUGGAGGGAUCCUGUACAUGAACAGUUUAGGUGAUGGUGUUAGCGGAUCUGUUCGAAAAUGCAAGGUCCGUGGAACAGAUCUUAUUUUUGCAUUAAAGACUGUCUUUAGUGCACCGAAUACGAGUGUGCAACGCCAGCUCCUUCGUGAGUUGAAGAUUAAUCGUAGUUGUGCUUCUCCUCACGUUGUAAAAUACUAUGGUGCUUGCUACGAUGUUGCAGAAUGCCAGCUUAAUAUUGCUAUGGAACAUUGUGGGGCUGGUUCUUUAGACGCUGUUUAUAAGCGUGUAAGCGCAAAAGGAGGUCGUACAGGCGAACGACCUUUGGGCAAAAUUGCUCAUGGUGUACUUAGUGGUUUGAGCUACUUACACGAUCGAAAAAUCAUUCACCGUGACAUAAAACCCUCCAACAUUUUGAUGACUGCAACAGGCCAGGUAAAGCUUUGCGAUUUUGGCGUAUCGGGUGAACUUGUAAACUCAUUAGCCGGAACCUUUACAGGUACUUCCUAUUAUAUGGCGCCUGAACGCAUUUCUGGUUCUGCAUAUACCAUCUCUUCUGAUAUUUGGUCCCUUGGGUUGACGCUUAUGGAGGUUGCGUUGAAUAGGUUUCCAUUUCCACCAGAAGAAAGUCCUCCUUUAAUGCCAAUUGAACUCUUGUCAUAUAUCAUCAAUAUGCCGCCGCCUGCUCUCCCUGAGGAAUCGGGAAUUACAUGGUCGAGGGCUUUUCGUCAUUUCCUUUGUGUUUGUCUUAUAAAGAAUAAAGAUGAACGUCCUGGGCCUCAAAAGAUGCUUUGUCACCCAUGGGUGAAAGCUUUUGAACGUAUAGAUGUGAAUAUGGAGGAAUUUUUGCGUCAGGUGUGGUUGGAUUAA